AUGGAAGCGGGGGGCGAUGCCGGAUCGGCGCCUCGGCGGGGAGGCGGCCGCGGCGGCUUUGCGGCGACUGCCGAGCCCGGCGCUGGCCCGGCUGCGGGGACGAGCAUCGAUACUGACGGGCCCGGCGGGAGCGGGGCGGCCAUGCCCGGAGCCCCCCCCCCCCCGCCGCUCCGCGCCCCCUCCUCCAGGGACCCCAGAACGGUCCACCAGCGGUUCCUGCGGAGGAGCGUGGUGGACUCGGACCAGGAGGAACCCGCUUUCGACCUCCCCGAGUCGGAGCAUCAGAGGAAAAUCAUCCUGCUCCCCAAAACCCGGAGGAGAAUUGCGGAGCGGGCGAAGGCAGGGCAGGGGGCCGGGGAGAGGCUGUGCCGGGGGGCUGAGCCCUCCCCCGGGCCCGGGGCAGCGCCGUUCCCCGGCAGCGUCGGAGAGCAGAAGGAACCCGGCAGAGAUGUGGAGAGGAAAGAGGCGGCGGAUGCGGCCAAAGACCAGAGCAAGGCUAAGAAAGAGGAGCCCGAGGAGGAGGAGGCCGAUAUGAAAGCGGUUGCCACCUCGCUGGACGGCAGGUUCCUAAAGUUCGACAUCGAACUCGGGAGGGGAUCCUUCAAAACGGUCUAUAAGGGUCUGGACACGGAGACGUGGGUGGAAGUUGCCUGGUGUGAACUGCAGGACAGAAAACUCACAAAAGUAGAGAGGCAGAGAUUUAAAGAGGAAGCAGAAAUGUUGAAAGGUCUACAGCAUCCAAACAUUGUGAGAUUUUAUGACUUCUGGGAAUCCUGUGUAAAAGGCAAAAGAUGCAUCGUGCUGGUUACCGAAUUGAUGACCUCUGGAACGCUAAAGACGUAUCUGAAGAGAUUUAAAGUGAUGAAACCAAAAGUCCUGCGUAGUUGGUGCCGGCAAAUCCUAAAGGGUCUUCUUUUCUUGCACACAAGAACUCCACCAAUAAUUCACAGAGACUUAAAAUGUGACAAUAUUUUUAUUACUGGACCAACUGGAUCUGUGAAAAUAGGAGACUUGGGCCUGGCAACCCUCAAGAGAGCUUCGUUUGCCAAAAGUGUAAUAGGUACACCAGAAUUUAUGGCCCCGGAAAUGUAUGAGGAACACUACGAUGAAUCUGUGGAUGUCUAUGCUUUUGGAAUGUGCAUGUUGGAAAUGGCUACCUCAGAAUACCCUUACUCAGAAUGCCAGAAUGCUGCUCAAAUUUACCGGAAAGUAACCUGUGGUAUAAAGCCAGCAAGCUUUGAGAAAGUUACCGAUCCUGAAAUUAAGGAGAUAAUUGGGGAGUGCAUUUGCAAAAAUAAAGAAGAAAGAUACGAAAUUAAAGAUUUGUUAAGCCAUGCCUUUUUUGCUGAAGAUACUGGGGUAAGAGUGGAACUUGCGGAAGAAGACCAUGGUAGGAAAUCCUCUAUUGCCUUAAGACUCUGGGUAGAAGAUCCUAAGAAACUGAAAGGAAAACCCAAAGAUAAUGGAGCCAUUGAGUUUACUUUUGAUCUGGAGAAGGAAACUCCUGAUGAUGUUGCACAAGAAAUGAUUGACUCUGGAUUUUUUCAUGAAAAUGAUCUCAAGAUAGUUGCGAAGUCAAUACGUGACAGAGUAGCAUUAAUACUAUGGAGAAGAGAGAGAAUUUGGCCUAGGAUGCAGUCAGAGGAGCGUCGGGACUCUGAAUGUCUGGAGAAGUUGAAGACGCCGCAUGCACAGCAGGUCCAGGUCACCUACCUUUCUCACACUGGUCACCAUGUCCUGUCGGAGUCGGAGGAGCCAGAGGCAGACCAGCAUCCCUUUCAGCAAAACCUGCCCACCAGCGUCACCUCUGUUGCAUCUGACAGCACGUUUGACAGUGGCCAGGGGUCCACUGUUUAUUCAGACUCACAAAGCAGCCAGCAAAGCGUCAUCUACUCGUCUCUGCCUGACCCGGUACCUCCUGCUAUUCAACGGGUGUAUAGCCCACCUCUGAGCGAGAGCCAGGCUGUGCCCCAUAGCCUUCCGCAGCUGGGGCACUACCAGCAGCCCUCAGGACCUGGCCUCCCCGCGGUUCAGGCGGCGCCCGGGGUGGUGUCCCAGCGGCCCCAGCACUACCAGGAGCCGGCGAUGCCGUUCCCCGUCGUCCAGCCCACCACCGUCGCCUCCCUGCAGCUGGGGCAACCGCAGCCGGUGCUGGCCGGCCAGCAGCAGCAACCCAUGUCACAGCAAGCUUCCCUGCAGCAGGUGCUUGCCAACCAGCCGGUUUGCCCAAUCCAGCCUGCAACCCAUCUAUUGCCCCAGUAUCAACCCCAGACCUCUCAGGUGGCAGCUAGCAGUACACCGCUAAAACCCCUUCAGAUUUCAACCGUGCCCCAGCUUCCGCCGGUGGCCCCUUCCCAGAUUCCUCAGUUUCCUGUCAUUCCUGCAAUUACUCCUCUGGCAGGACUUGACAGCCUUCCUCCAAACCUCUCUGAUAUACCUGCUGCAAACGUGCCCCCCAUACCUGCUCCUUCUCAGUAUUUUGCUCCAGCCGUGAUUUUACCCAGCCUCCCCAUGAACCCCACUCUGCCUAUGGCACCAAACUCCCCCGCCCUCCCCAUGCAGGCCGUCAAUCUUCCUCACACAACCGUGGCUUCUUUGGUCUUGCCCUGCCAAACAAUAGUGCCAAAUAUGUCGGCUGCUACGAUACCAUUGCUUGCUGUGGCUCCGCCGGGAGUGCCAGCGCUACCGCCGCAUCACGGGGUGCCCCAGCUCCCCCAGCAGCAGAUGUACCAGACCACCUUCCAGCAGAUCAUUCAGAGCGAAGCGCCCUCGCCCCAUCACACGCAGAGCACGCAAGCAGUAUCCCAGCCGCAGCAACCUCCACCUCCUCAGUCACUUCAGCCAAGCAUCAUUCAUCCUUCAGAACAGACUCUCUCUGCGCCUGGGGCUGGUCACCAGCAGAUGACUGGACACACUCAGUAUGCUUUGGAAGCUGGAGCCCAGGUGCCCGUGCUGCCUGUGCAACCUUCGAUAGUCAUGUCACCGCCUUUGCAGUUGCAGCCUGAACUGUUGCCUCCCCGCGUCGCUCCAGAAGGCGUUUCACAGAUUCACGGCAGCCUUGCUACCGCUAGUCCGCCUGUCCCCAUAGAUCACUGUCUGCCUCUUCAGCCGUCUGGUCUGCUGCAGCUUCAGCCCGAUCUUUCCCAGCCGCUCCCGGCUCCCUGCUCAGCUGUCCAGGCAGCCGCAGAGACAUCUCAAGAGGAGCAGGCAAUACAGGACAAACUUCAAACUCUGUCACAGAGCUGUGAAAGCUACAUGAGUCCAGAUGUUGCUUCGGGUAAAGAGAUGAGUGACAGCUUUGAAGGAGCGAUAGGAAGUGGAAAACAAGAAGGAAAGUCUUCAAAGAAACAUAAGAAAUCUACACGCGCUCGUUCACGCCAGGAGAAGUCCAGCAGACCAAAACUGACCAUACUAAAUGUUUGUAACACGGGGGAUAAGAUGGUGGAGUGCCAGCUUGAAACACACAAUCAUAAAAUGGUGACUUUUAAGUUUGAUUUGGAUGGCGACGCGCCGGAGGAAAUCGCUACUUACAUGGUAGAGAACGAAUUCAUAUUGCAGAGUGAAAAAGAGACAUUUAUUGAACAAAUGAAAGAUAUCAUUGAUAAAGCAGAAGAUAUGCUCAGUGAAGAUACAGAAGGAGAACGAAGUUCUGAUCAAGGAACGAGUCCCCAGCAAGAUACCGAUAGACUAGAAAUGAACGAGGAGAAGCGGCAGUCUCAAAUGAAGACACCCGUUUAUCAACAAAAUGUUUUGCAUACUGGCAAAAGGUGGUUUAUUAUAUGUCCUGUUGUGGAAAACCCUACUACUGAUGCACCAGAAUUUUCUCCACCGGUACCUCAGAGUACACAGCAGUCUGAAGGGCCAGACCUGGAGCAGUUGGAUGAUCAGCAAGCGAGCUCUGCGGCGACGGAUGCACCUGGUGUCUUAGCCAGUCAGCAGCUGCCCCUACAAGCAGGCGUAUGUGACAGCCCCAUCGGAGCCCCUCCGUCUUUGGCACAAGUUCCUGCCGCAGCAUCUUCCGCUGCCUUACCGAGCCAGGCGGAGUUUUCAGCUCCGGCGCUACUGGGAUCUGCUCCGAAUAUCCUAGAGCAGGCGGCUGCUAACGGAGGUCAGCUGGAGUAUUCUCCGCUGAAGGCAGCGAUGCCCGCUCAGCCUGGCCCUCCUGCCCCCCGUGCCGCCUUGCUGGAAGAGCCGUCCGACGCUCUCUUCGCUCCUCAGCACCUGCAGCCACAGGCCGACGAGGGCACGUGUGUCCCUGACGUGGAGAUAGCGUGUUGCAGCGUUGGGCCGCACAAGGCGGUCCCGGCAGAGCUCUGCCCGCUCCCCGUGCUCCCGGACGCCGUCGUUUUGGAACGGCAGCCUGCGGCGCAGGUCCCUCACCUGCCAGAGGCCAGCCAGCCUGGCGUGGUGCAGCACCCCUUCGUGAACCAAGCGUUCCCUGCAGCCGCCGCAUCCGAUCCUCUCGGUCUGGCGGGAUCUCAACUCCAGAGCCCUACUCAGGUGCCGGUGGCCGCACCCCAGCAGCACGCGAUGCUGCCCCAGGCGCAGCCCGUAGCCUGCGCCGGCGUGGGGAUCGGCCUGCUGCAACAGCAGCAGCCGAGCACCGCCGAGUCCGACGGAGAGGGGCCACCCAGGGUGGACUUCGUUGACAACACAAUAAAAAGCCUUGAUGAGAAAUUGCGCAAUUUACUUUACCAGGAAUACGUUCCUACUUCUUCUGCAUCGGCAGGGACUCCGGACACCGCUGUCCCGUUAGAACAGGGCGACAGUGAAUUUAACUUGCCAACUUUUCCCGAAGAUCAAGUUCCCGCGUUGGCAUUGGAUUUGAGAGAACCAGGCCAUAACGUUGCAGAUACGGGCCAGGAGGUGAAAGCUGCUGCUGAGGCCCCGUCGGUGCCACUCAUACCCUCUGAGAUCUCACCCUACCCGCCACCGUUUGAAAAGCCGGAGGUCACCAGCAUCGGUGCUCAUUCCUCAGGAGCAAGAGGUGGGUCAGCAAGCAGAAAAGGUUCAGCUGCAAGCGUCACUUCGGCUCCUGCUGCUACAGCGAAAGGCCUCCUUCAGGUUGCGCCUACAUCAUCAUCAAGCAUAACUAAGCAGAUGGAAACUUCUAAAAAGAGCGAGAAGGCAAAGACUAUGACUUCGUCUGCACACAUGGAUAAUGUAACGCAAAUAUCUACAGCAGAUGGGGUGAUAAAUAACCUUCAAAGGGAUGACUCUCUCGACUCCGGUUCCUAUGGAAAACAGGCUGAAACUCAUGAUAGCGGUACACCAGCCAAAACUAUUGGCAGGUUUUCAGUAAUCAGCACGCAAGAUGAAUUAACUUUAACAGCGCCACACUGCUUAAGGUUCUCGGCACCCCCGGACGUCUAUUUGGAUGAGCUACCUUCCAGCCCGGAUCUGAAGACAGCUGUCCGACGGGUGCAGACAGCCUCUUCUGUCGACGUCCUCUGUGACCAGGGUUCCAGUGAUUCUGCUGAUGAGCCUUUCCAUCGGCAGUCGGCUGCUGCUGCCCAACUGUCCCCCCCGAGCAGUAGUGCAGCCACGGACUUAAUUAAAAAAGCAGCUGCUUUUCUGCAAAGAUCUGGCAAAGCUAGCUCGCCAGGCCUCGAUUCACCUAACGGGCAAGGAACAAAAAUUCCUACCAUCAACAUAACAUCGUUCCACUCGCAGUCGUCGUACAUGAGCAGCGACAACGACUCGGAAUUUGAAGACGCCGAUAUGAAGAAAGAAUUGCAGAACCUGCGAGAAAAGCAUAUGAAAGAAAUUGCUGAACUUCAGACUCAGCAGAAGAAUGAGAUAGAGGCACUCUAUAUUCGGUUAGGGAAACCCCUUCCUCCCAACCUGGGGUUCCUUCACUCAGCCCCACCGAGCAGCCGUCGCCGAAGAACCAGCAAAAAUAAAUUGAAAGGUGGAAAACUAUUAAACCCUCUGGUCCAGCAGCUCAGGAGUGGAACAUCAAGCACAAGUAAUCUUUCCGACUCUAAAGACUCACCCCACAAAGAAACACCUAAAACUCAGCCUGGAGCUCCCGAAGCAGCAGCAGUAACCUCCCCUGCCUCGGCCACCUUUGGGAAGGCCGUUCAGACACAGCAGCCGUGCUCUGUCAAAGCCUCUUUGUCUUCUGACAUCUGCUCCGGCUUAGGCCCCGAAGGAGGUGACGUGAACGCAAGCUCUGGCCAAGGCUGGACGGUUUUCCACCAAACGUCUGAGAGAGUGACCUAUAAAUCUAGUAGCAAACCUCGUACCAGAUUCCUCAGUGGACCUGUGUCUUUGUCCAUCUGGUCCACCUUGAAACGACUAUGUCUAGGCAAAGAUCACAGUAGUAGAUCCUCGACAAACAGUCUCGUAACGUGUCCUGAGCCCGUCCCGCAAUCAACCCUGCAGGUUCAGGCCAACAACAGUAACAACAAGAAAGGGACGUUCACAGACGAUCUUCACAAGCUGGUUGACCAGUGGACAAGCAAAACUGUUGGAGCUGCACAGACAAAACCUUCUUUAAACCAACUGAAGCAGAACCAAAAAAGGCAAGACAUGGAGCCAAAGGCUAAUCCCAUGCAAACCCAGAAUGAGACAUGUGGAGUUAAUUCGGUAAGAAUGGGAUUGGGGAAACAGUGCGUUGUUCCAGCGUCUUGCCCCGUGCCCGCUGCCGUAGCUCCUGGAGCUUCACCGUCCCUGCCAGUGCCUAUGCCGGGGCCUGCCCGCUCUGGCACAGUGACACCUUAUGUGAUGCCUCUUUGUCAGUACGGAGGAGUUUUCCCUACACCCGUUUACGGAGUGCAGUGGUUGGGGCCGGCCGCGCAGCCCGGGAUUGCCGGAGGUCCGAGCGUUGCGCGGUUCUCGCCUCUCGGCAAAACCUGCUUGCAGAUGUACCCGGCGCCGCUGCAGCGACCCGCUGCCGAGCCGCCUGGCCCGCACCUGCGAAUGACGUAGCUCGGUGGCGUUGCCGUAGGUA